AUGAUCCAUCCAGAGCAAGUCGCCGACAUGCUUCGGCCCACCACAUCCACCACAUCUAGCCAUGUGCCGGGACCAGUCCCGACCGUGGUCCCUACUCCAACAGAGUAUCAAACCCUUGGCGAAACAGGCCACCGCACUCUAUGGGUGACCUUCGCCCUCAUGGUUCUCUCGUCGGGCAUCUUUGCCCUCCUGUCGUGGAACGUGCCGACCUCGAAGCGUCUGUUCCACGUCAUCACAACGCUCAUCACCGUCGUUGCCUCGCUCUCGUACUUCGCCAUGGCCACGGGCCACGCCACCACCUUCAACUGCAGCACCGCCUGGGACCACCAUAAGCACGUGCCCGACACCUCACACCAGGUGUGUCGCCAGGUGUUCUGGGGCCGCUACGUCGACUGGGCCUUGACCACACCGCUGUUGCUGCUGGAGCUGUGCCUGCUGGCCGGCGUUGAUGGCGCUCACACGCUGAUGGCAAUUGUGGCGAACGUGAUUAUGGUGCUGUGCGGCCUGUUCGCGGCGCUGGGAGAGGGAGGAAACACGGCGCAGAAGUGGGGAUGGUACACCAUUGGAUGUUUCUCGUACCUCUUCGUCAUCUGGCAUGUGGCACUUCAUGGCAGCAGGACUGUUACAGCCAAGGGACGUGGUGUCUCAAGGCUAUUUACCGGUUUGGCUGUGUUUGCGCUGUUGCUGUGGACUGCGUAUCCCAUUAUUUGGGGAAUCGCCGGUGGUGCUCGCAGAACGAAUGUCGAUACCGAGAUCUUGAUUUACACCGUUCUCGACUUGCUGGCAAAGCCCGUGUUUGGCUUCUGGUUGUUGCUGAGCCACCGGGCCAUGCCCGAGACCAAUAUUGACCUCGCCGGCUACUGGUCUCAUGGCCUUGCUACUGAGGGUAGAAUCCGCAUCGGCGAGGAGGACUAA